GAAGAACAGGGAAGUGAAGUUGUCAGACGGGCCAGCCGAGCAACUCUCCCAGUGCGAGACAGCGAGCAAGUUCGGUGACAGACGGUCACGAGUAGAGAGAGCUUCGUAGGAACGAGCCCCGCUAUGAAGGUCGUCCCUUUGAGCAACUUGUAGCUACAGUUGGAGAACGUCACGCGGCUCCGGACGACGACGCAGACGUUUCAAAGUCACAUCGUUACGGAGGGGAAAGAAAGUGGCGGACAACUAGCCCGAUUAGCUAACCGUUUAGCCACCAGAGCCUCCUUCAGCUUCGCAACCACCGUUUCCCUUCUCGAUUUAGGGCUCGGAUUUACCUGUCUCCAGUCAUGCCUUUUCCUUUUGGGAAGUCUCAGAAGAGCCCGGCUGACAUCGUCAGGAGUUUGAAGGAGAAUGUGGCCUACAUGGAAAAGAUGGACUCUGGAGACAGCAAAAAGUGUGAAAAGGUUGCAGAGGAGGUGUCCAAAAACCUGGCCUCCCUGAAGGAGGUACUUAGCGGCACAGGUGACAAGGAGCCUCAAACGGAAGCGGUGGCUCAGCUCGCACAGGAGCUGUACAACACCAACCUCCUCAUUGCUCUCAUUGCAAACCUGCAGAGGAUUGAUUUUGAGGGGAAGAAGGAUGUGGUUCAUUUGUUCAGCAAUAUUGUGAGACGUCAGAUUGGCAGCCGUACACCCACGGUGGAAUACAUCUCCACACAACAACAGAUCCUCUUCAUGCUGCUGAAAGGAUAUGAGAGUCCAGAAGUGGCUCUGAACUGUGGGAUGAUGCUGAGGGAGUGCCUGCGUCACGAGCCUCUGGCACGGACGGUGCUCUUCUCUGAGGACUUCUACCGCUUCUUCGGUUAUGUGGAGCUUUCGACCUUUGACAUCGCCUCAGACGCCUUCGCCUCAUUCAAGGAUCUCCUCACAAGACACAAGAUUAUGUGUGCGGAUUUCCUGGAGAACAAUUAUGACAGGGUGUUUACAGAAUACGAGAAGCUCCUGCAUUCUGAUAACUACGUCACCAAGCGGCAGUCUUUGAAGCUCCUCGGGGAACUUCUGCUGGAUAGACACAACUUCACCGUCAUGACAAAAUACAUCAGCCGGGCGGAGAACUUGAAGCUGAUGAUGAACUUGCUGCGAGACAACAGCCGAAACAUCCAGUUUGAAGCAUUCCAUGUGUUCAAGGUAUUCGUUGCAAACCCCAACAAGACUCAGCCCGUGCUGGACAUCCUGCUGAAGAACCAGGCCAAACUCGUGGAGUUCCUGGGCCACUUCCAGACCGACCGAUCGGAGGAUGAGCAGUUCUGCGACGAGAAGAACUAUCUGAUCAAGCAGAUCCGGGACCUGAAGAGGCCCGCGGCACCGGAGGAAGCUUAAAGGCGGCAGCGGUCGACUGCUCCCCGUCAGGUGGUAGACGUACAGGUGGUGGCUGGAGCUCCAGAAGGCUAAGAGAGUCUAAAAGACACGCUUCAUUAAAAUGUAAUAUUAACCACAAAAUAUAGGAAAAAAUGCAAAGAUUACUUCCUUCACUUUCUUUUCUUUUUUUUCUUUUUCUUUUUUAGCAUGGAUGUGGAGGUGAUUUCCAUCCAGCAACUUGAGUGGGCCAAGAACUGUUAUUUAAACCAUAGUGCUUCUUCUUUGGUGAUGAUGAAAUGUAUUUUAGUCUGUUCCUGUAAUGUUGGACCUUAAACUGUUACCUUUCCACAUACAUUGUUGCUGCCAGACUGGAGAAUGACAAAAAGCCCCCCCCACACCCCACCACACUCCCCCUCACAGCCAACCUGCAUUCUUGAAAGUCUUUCUCACAGAUGUGUCUAUAUUUUAGAAAUAGAGAAGCUGCGGAGAAGCAUAUACACAUGCAUUAUUUUUCUAAUGUAUCUUCCUGGUAAACAGUUUAGGACGUACGAUAACCCUUCGCUCUGAACAUUUAGUCUAAGUAAUGGCAUAGGUUUGGUUUACUGCCUUAUUGUAAAGCUGUUGUGUUGUACAGGGACUCGAUAGAUCCCCAGAAAUACUGCUUUGGCAGAGACGCGUGGAUCAUGUAGUCCAGGUCAUCGCUUUGUGAUCUUCGGUGAUUAAUGUGUAGGCGGUAGAACUUUCGGUUGCGUUGGGUGAGAUUACGGAGGUCACAAAUGAUCCUGCAGUCCUCACCGAUGCAUUAGCUGGCACAGGAAGGGGAACUCAAAACUAUAGAGGAAUCAAUUAAUUAAGCUGUGAUAAAAAAAAUAAAAAGUUUUUAAAACAGUGUUUAGGCCGCGCUCAGCGAGGCUUGCGUGACUGAAAUAGAAGCAAGGCAUCAGAUAACGCCGCAGGGUACCGGCCCGUCCGUUCGCCCGCUAACACGGGACGGCCAGGAUCCACCGAUUGAUCUCAUUCUCGCGCAGUGAGCACAGACGGGACCCGUUCAUCCGAAACGAUGAACGAGGCAUUUCUCCACAACGCUAGAGGUGAUAUUGCCGUUCACGCGGAGGUGUUGCCCAUGACGAUGCAUCAAAAAGCAUGCUGCACUGUAAAUCUAUUCUGGCGUCGUUUAAAAUAAGCGGACAUGCCGAAGACUCUUCAUACUAAUGUAUAAAGAAGUUCCCUCAUUUGGUUUUCAUUCGACACGAAUUGAACAUCUAACGUUUGAGAAUUGGGCGGAUGGUAAAGGACGUGAGACGAAUUAGAUCCUCUUGAUCUCACGUCAACAAUAACUCACCCAUGCAGUUGUUUACUCUUAACAACAAAGAAUACAAAGCAUCCAUUGAUCUGAUUUUACAAUAAUACAUUUUAAUAUAUUACGCAGUCACAUGCCGUUUGAUGCAUCAGAGCACGUCCUAUGGCUAAAUUACCAACAUGCACCUUUUGUUUAACGAUACUUUAGUUUUGGCUGACGAGCACUGAAUUCAUCGCGUUCCUCACGCGCACCGUCGAUUGGUUCCGUUUAUAAAAUAAAAAAAAUACUCCUUACUUCUGCCAUUGUCACUGAAAUGGCAUUUUAGGGAUUUCAAGAUAUUCGUUGUCUGAGCGCACAGACUAUAGUGUAUGUAUAUACCUCAUGGGAUUUGGGUUUUUGCAAAUGCUGUGUUCUCUUUCCUCACUCGCCGAGAUAUAUUUUAUUUGACUGUUUAAGAUACACAGCCGUGGUUUGGAUGCAUGCCUGAACUUGACGUAUAUGUUCAAACUUGAACGGGGACUACGAUCUGGUUUUCACAAUGGAAAACUAGAUUUUUUAAACUGAACUAUUUCGUCGGGUGUUGCCACACAAACGUUAAUUCAUAAUGAAUAGCAGUGUGCUUACCUUGUACUGAAUGUUGCCUUAUUUAAAGACAUUUAACGGAUCGUAAUGAUCUUGUGAAAUUCCACAACUUGUUUUAUUUUAGACCAAAGUCCAUAUGAAAAAGGAUAAAGAUGUACAUUUCAAGUCCCGAAUGUAUUGCCAGUUCAUUUCUCAGCGCCACGUGUAGCGCCGUCGCCGACCGCAUUAAACUCGAAGGUGAUCCCGAGAGUGUAAAUAUAUAUUUUAACAGACUACGCUCAGUUGUGGCUAUUGGCUUUUUUAUUAUCAUCACCGUUUGGUACACUGCACCAAAUAGUCACAAGAUUAUCAUCAGGCCUUUACGGAUCAAUACAUUUAUUUGUGGAUUCCGCUGGUAAUGUGGUACAUUAUGCACAAAUAGACAAGUCCUACACACAGUGCACUGUCAUGGCACCAGUUUAUGAGAGAAAGUUUGUCUGAAAGUGUGUUUGAGUUUCUUAAAAAAAGAAGACGAAGAAGAUCCUGUCCGUGAUCAACUCCCUUCUGAUUAUUUAUUGGCAAAGCCAGUUUUUUUUUAAACUACAUCAAUGCCCAAUUAGACUUUCCCCAUUUACAGAGUAAUUAUUAAUAUAUAUACAUGAGCACAAACAAACUUGCAGCUUGCUGAAAAACCGUUGCAUAAAAAAAAAGGUGUAAUAAUAUCCAAGAUUAUCCGCGUUGUGUAAAAGAAAAUAAAGUUAAUUUUGAAUAAUCCUCCAGAAUAUGAUUUUAAAUUGAGCCCAGUCAUGACGUGCUGUUCACAGUGGUCCCAACAGGGGGCGCUGUUGGCACCAAUUGGUCCAAUUGUACUAGCUGCACCAACAAAGCAUUUCAUGUUUCUAUAACCCUACCUCUAAUUAUGAGUUUAUAAAUCACUGGCGAUAUAAUGUAGACGUCAACACAAAUUCCUUAAGGUCAGUACUUUAUAUUUCAUGAUUUAGAGUUAUCUGUUUAAAUAUUUGUUUUGCUUUACUUUUUUUACUCUGUUGCCUUCUCCCUUUUUAUUUCCCCCCCCCCCCCCCUUUACCGUUUCUCUUUCCACGCUCUGGAUAUUGUUUUUCUUUAUUUACCAUGGGAGCAAAUAAUGUGUACAUAACUUUAUAAAGGAUACAAGUGUGAAAGCAUUCAUGAAAAAUAAAAAACUUUAUGGCAAAUUCA